UUGAAAAUUCAGAAAAUAAAAUAAUCCAGUUGCCGGUCAAUCGGCUCGUGUCUUCGUCGCCUCCACAACCAAAGAUGGCGACUUUAGGAUUAUUCGUUCUAGUGGCGGCAUGUUUUUGCGCGAAUGCUUUGCAUAAUCCGCCAGUAACAAGAAACACGAUUUUCUUAGACGAAAAAUUAGAAGGUCAAAUAUUCGAAAAUAUAGAUGACUACGACAAGAUCUCUAAAAAUGCUGUUCAAUUAAACUACCGACUACCAACGACUACUCGUCCAGUUCACUACAAUGUUCUUUGGGGUAUUGACAUAACUAGGUUUAUACUUAAUGGUACAGUUGAAAUUCAACUGGUGGCAAAUCAAGCUAAUGUGAACGAAAUUGUCAUUCACUCUCAUGAUCAGACGCUUAGCUCAAUUCAAUUGCGUCUAGGAACUACAGUCAUUCCUCAGACUCAUGUUGUUGAUGCUGAAUUGCACUUUUUGAGAGUAAGACUAACGAGUGGGACUUUGAAUUAUAAUGCUCAGACCCCCGUUGUUUACACACUUUUUAUAGAAUUCAAUUCUGAUUUACGAAAUGACAUGUAUGGGAUAUACAGGAGUUGGUUUAGGAAUACGCCUACCCAAACCCAAGUUAGCUGGAUGGCAUCUACACAAUUCCAAGCUACUUCAGCACGCUUUGCCUUCCCCUGUUAUGAUGAACCCAGUUUUAAGGCUACCUUUGACAUUGUCAUUAGGCGUCCAACUAAUUACAAGAGUUGGUCAUGUACGAGAAUUAGAGAAACACGCACUGUUGUAUCUAACUACGAAGACGAUUUCUACAAUACUACACCUGUAAUGUCAACUUAUCUACUAGCUCUCGUUGUUGCUCAAUACGAGUCAAUCGCAACACAAAACACCCCUUUGACAUACGAAUUGAUUGCGAGACAAUCAGCUAUCGCCGCAGGACAAGGAGACUAUGCCUUGGAGGUCGGCCAGCGUCUCACGACAAGCAUGAACACACACACUGGCAUAGAAUUCUUCAGCAUGCAUCCUAACCUUAAAAUGACUCAUGCAGCCAUUCCAGAUUUCUCAGCUGGAGCUAUGGAGAACUGGGGUCUGAUCACAUACAGGGAAGCCUAUUUGAUGUACGACCAAAAUAAUACGAACGACUACUUCAAACAGCUGAUUGCUUAUAUUUUGUCUCACGAAAUUGCCCACAUGUGGUUUGGCAACUUAGUUACCUGUGAAUUCUGGGAUAGCUUAUGGCUUAACGAAGGCUUUGCUCGAUACUAUCAAUACUUCCUGACUCACUGGGUCGAAGGUUAUAUGGGAUUAGAUACACGAUUUAUUAAUGAACAAAUGCAUACGGCGUUAUUGUUUGAUUCUUCAGAAUCAGCCCACCCAUUGACUAAUCCUAAUAUUGGUAGCCCGGCGUCAGUCCGUUCUAUGUUCUCUACUAUAUCUUAUAAUAAAGGUGCUGCAGUUAUUCGGAUGACGGAACAUCUCCUUGGUACUCCGGUACAUACUGAUGGACUUCGUAGAUACUUAAAUGAACGACGCUUCGGUAUUGCAAGACCUAUCGAUCUCUUCCGUGCACUCGAAACGGCCGGUGUUGCGGCUGGCGCUCUUUCACAAUACGGAAACUUCUCAUUAGUUGAAUAUUAUAGAAGUUGGACUGAGCAAAGCGGUCAUCCAAUCUUAAAUGUUCAAGUGAACCACCAGACUGGAGAUAUGAUUAUUACACAGCGUCGUUUCAGCAUCAAUACCGGGUAUGCUGCAACCAACUUAAACUACAUCAUUCCGAUCACUUUUGCGACCGCUUCUAACCCUAAUUUCGCUGACGUCAAGCCCAGUCACAUCCUUAGCAAUGCAGUAACUGUUAUAAACCGCGGCUCAACAGGAGAUCAAUGGGUCAUCUUCAAUAAACAACAGACCGGUUUCUAUAGAGUUAAUUAUGAUCCGUAUACUUGGGAUCUUAUCAUCGUAGCGUUACGUGGUACCAACAGGACAUUGAUUCAUGAAUACAAUAGGGCGCAGAUUGUUGAUGACGUUUUCCAAUUCGCCCGAGCUGGUCUUAUGUCAUACACCAGAGCUUUCAAUAUUCUCUCAUUCCUUGAAAAUGAGACCGAAUACGCGCCAUGGGUAGCUGCGCUGACCGGCUUCAAUUGGCUUAGGAACAGGCUCGCUGGUACUACUUAUCUAACUCGAUUGGAGGCUCAAAUAACUCGCUGGGCAACAAACGUGAUGACCCAAUUAGGUUAUACCCCUAUCGCGGGUGAGACCUUCAUGAGGUCAUACCUAAGGUACCAGCUGGCACCUUUGAUGUGUAACCUGAAUGUGGCAGCCUGUCGUACAGCCGCUAAUAAUCAAUUCCGUGCACUUGUCGUCAACACAACUCCAGUUCCUGUGAAUAGUCGUAAUUGGGUGUACUGCAAUGGUCUUCGAGGUGGCACCGUUGCUGACUUUGACUUCCUCUUGCAGCGCUAUAACACACAUAAUACUUACACUGAAAAAAUUCUAAUUCUUCAAACACUUGGAUGCACACCCCAUGCCGUAUCACUUAGGAGGUUCCUGAGUGAAAUCAUCACGGAAAAUUUCGUAAUCCGUCCACAAGAUUACAGUGUAGCAUUUAACAGUGCUCUUAAUGGCAACGAAGGAAAUACCGCUAUCGUCUUAGAGUUUAUUCAAAAUAAUCUACAAGCUGUCCUUAAUGCUUUUGGAUCUGCAUCUCCAAUAACAUCAGUUCUUUCGAGAUUGCGUACUGUUGCUGAAAUCAAUCAGUUCCAAACCUGGGCUACCCAAAAUCAAGUUGCAUUAGGAGAGUAUUAUCAAGGUAUUGUUGAAAGUACUAACUCCGCUCGCCAGAGUCUUCUUUGGGUUGGUACAGUCCAGGAUGAUUUAGACGACUAUUUCGUCAAUGGUGACAAUGUUGUUACACCUAGCACUGUCACGUCACCACCAGUGACUACACCCGUCACAUUGGCGCCACCGCAGUUGGUUGAACCUGAAUCGCCUAACCUACCCGAUUCAGCAAUAACAUCCGUUCUAUCGAUUACAGCACUUUUAUUGGCAUUUGUUGUUAAUGUUAUUGUAUAG